AUGGCUAGAUCAUCCCAAGGAAAGGUGAUAACGAUUCUUAGCAUUGAUGGUGGAGGUGUUAGAGGGAUCAUUCCCGGUACAAUUCUUGCUUUUCUUGAAUCCCAAUUCCAGAAACUGGAUGGAAGUGAUGCUAGGAUCGCAGACUACUUUGACUACAUAGCAGGGACAAGCACUGGAGGUUUAGUUACUGCAAUGUUAACAACCCCGAAUGAAAAGAAUCGACCUUUAUUUCGUGCAGAUGAAAUUACUGAAUUCUAUCUGAAGGAGAGUCCACAUAUAUUCCCGCAAGAUAAAGCAAAGCCCCGUGCCGAAAAAAUCGUCGAUUGGAUCCAGUCCAUGUUGUUUCGUCCUAAAUAUGAUGGAGAGUAUUUGCGUGGGAAAAUCAAGAAUAUGAUUGGAGAUAGAAAGCUUAGCCAAACACUAACUAAUGUUGUCAUUCCUGCCUUUGAUGUCCAUGAGUUCCAGCCUGUUAUCUUUUCAUCUUUACAGGCGAAAGGGGACGACACAAAAGACUGUCUACUUGCAGAUGUUUGCAUCUCUACUUCUGCAGCACCAUAUUACCUUCCUCCUUAUCGUUUUGAAGUUAAGUCAUCCAAAGGUACCAAAAUAUAUAACACCGUCGACGGUGGUGUUGCGGCCAAUAAUCCUACUUUGCUUGCAAUACGAGAAGCUACACAAGAGAUGUGGAGAAGUUCAUCAUCAAGUAACAGAGCUAUAGAUCAUGAUGUUACGUUUGUUAUACUUUCACUGGGCACUGGAUCAGCAAAAGGGGUUCUAAAGUUUGAUGUUGAGGAUGGUAAGACGUGGGGAUUGGUCAAUUGGUUUAUGGGGCCAGGAGAUAGCACUCCCCUCAUUGAUGUUUUUGAGUCUGCCUUGAGUGAUAUGGCUGAUAUUUAUACAUCUAUGUUCCUACAUGGCACUCCAUCAAAUGAUACUUACCUCAGGAUUCAGAUUGAUGGGUUGAAGUAUGAAGAUACAAUGACUGACAAUGCAAAAGAAGAAAAUCUGAGCAACUUGGUGCAUAUAUCAAAUGACCUGUUGAAGCGCCCUGUUUCUUCCGUUAACUUCGAAACUGGUUUUUAUGAACCCAUCUCAGACAAGCGCAAACCUGUAGGAAAAGCCGAUUGGACCAACGAAAUGGCUCUCGUUGAGUAAGUUCACCUUUUACAGAAAAUAUAAGUGCACAUU